CCUUUGACCUCAAUUGGUUGAAGGAGAAUGCACCAGGUUCCAGAUUGAAAGAGACAGUUGAGAAAGUAUUAUGGGAUGGCAAACAAAUUCUAAAAGAAUUGCCAGCAGAUGUGCCAUAUGAUGAGCUUAUGCAAAACGAUGUAUCCCUCAAAAGGCUGCUCAUGAAUAUUCAUACAUAUGGAUUUGGAAUUGUGGGAGGAUGCCCUUUGACAGAAGCAGACACUGUAGAGGUAUGUGAACGAGUAGGCCACCUUCGGAACACCAUUUUUGGACAUUCUUGGACUUUUACAAACAAUGCAGCAUUAGCAGAUUCAUCUUACACCAACCAAGGGAUCGGAGUUCAUAAUGACAAUACCUACCUAUUAGAAGCCAGUGGUGUUCAAGUAUUCCAUUGCCUCUUCCAUGAUGGCAGUGGUGGGGAGAAUGUUCUUGUUGAUGGUUUUAAAGCAGCUGCAAAUUUAAAAAUGAAACAUCCUGAGUAUUAUGAUGCGUUAGUUCGAAUCCCUUUACAAGCUGAAUAUAUUGGAGAUGGUCACAAAGUUAUUGGCACAAUAAACCUUCUCCAAGAAAAUCCAAUUACAAAACAGCUAGAUGCAAUCCGAUACAAUCCAUUCGACCGAGCUGUCCUAUCGCAUACUUCAUUUGAGGACACAAAGCUUUUCUACAAAGCUCUUAAGGCACUAUCCCUGGAGUUAAAUUCCAGUGCGAAUGAGAUCUGGAUCAAGCUAACACCUGGACGAGUGUUGUUAUUCGAUAACUGGCGUGUUCUCCAUGGCAGAGCUGCUUUUGAAGGCAAGCGUGUCAUGACGGGUUGCUACCUGGCGAAAGACCAGCUGAACAGUCGCUUAAGAUCUAUUGCUGGGCUAAAUUUAUAUUAAUUACCAAUCAAUUAUGGAUAAACUUGUAGAAGAAAACUGCAGGGAUGAGUUUAAAAAAUGCUACAGGGGAUAAAAAUCAAAAUCAUUUGAGAAAAUAGAAGUAAUUGCAAGAUGCUCAGAAAGAUAGUCACAUUUUUUUUGUCAAAUAAAAUUUGAUAGUGUGAACAG